GCGCCAAGCUGGACCCGAAGACUUCACCUCCCCACACCUGCUCCUCCACCCCGACCCCUAAACCACCUUCCGAACACGCAUCUCGGCUCCACAACCCAGGGCUCCUGUUUCUCAGCGAAGAGGAGGAAGAGGAGGAGUAUGUCAGUGAAGCAAGUCUGCCAGCUGCAUUCCAGGAGUUCACAGCCGCCUACAGAGAUGCAGAGACCAUUACUGAUGUCUGUAACAGUACUGAUUUGCCGGAGCUUGAGAUUAUCAGCUUAUUGGAGGAACAGCUGCCAGUCUACAAGCUGAGGGCCGACACCAUCUUCGGCUACGACCAAGAUGAUUGGCUGCACACGCCACUGGUGGACCCGGACUCUUCCCUCGACUUGACUACUGAACAGAUAGAGGAAACUCUCAAAUACUUCUUACUGUGUGCUGACAGAGUGGGCCAGAUGACGAAGACCUACAGUGACAUUGAUGCUGUCACUCGACUACUGGAAGAGAAAGAGCGUGACUUGGAGUUAGCAGCCCGCAUCGGACAGUCACUGCUGAAGAAAAACAAAGCCCUCAGUGAAAGGAACGAACUGCUGGAGGAGCAAGUAGAGCACAUACGAGAGGAGGUAUCUCAGCUGCGUCAUGACUUGUCCAUGAAAGAUGAGCUAUUACAGUUCUAUACCAGUGCUGCCGAGGAAAGUGAGGGGGAGUCUACCACCUCCACACCUGUGCGUCCCAGUGAAACCAAUGUGUCAACUCCAACUUUUUUCCCCCUGGAUUCCUUGCAGAAGAAACUCAAAGACCUGGAGGAAGAAAACAAAUCACUGCGUUGUGAGGCCAGUCAUUUGGAGACAGAAACCAUCUCCUAUGAGGAGAAAGAGCAGCAACUUGUCAAUGACUGUGUCAAAGAACUACGUAAUUCCAACCUGCAGAUUUCUUCUCUGGCUGAAGAGCUGGCCCGGAAGAGUGACGACGUCUCCAGACAGCAGGAGGAGAUCACACAUCUCCUCUCCCAGAUAGUAGAUCUCCAAAAGAAAGCCAAGAUGUAUGCCGUGGAGAACGAGGAGCUGACUCAGCACUUAGGUGCAGCCAAAGACGCCCAGCGACAGCUCACUGCUGAGUUGCGAGAGUUACAAGAUAAAUAUGCAGAGUGCAUGGAGAUGCUUCAUGAGGCUCAGGAGGAGCUGAAGAACCUGAGAAAUAAAACUCUACCAGUCAGCACAUCAAGGCGUUUCCAUUCUCUGGGUCUGUUCCCAAUGGACUCUCUGGCAGCAGAAAUAGAGGGCACCAUGAGGAAGGAACUUCAGAUGGAUGAUCCGGACGUAGAAGAGCAGAGACUGCAACCAAAGCGAGUGUUCCAGACAGUGAAAAACCUGAACCUGAUGCGUCAGCAGCGUUCAUCGCUAGCCCCCUCCCCCCUCAACAUCCCAGGUUCCAAUCAGACAUCGUGCCUCACCUCAGGGCGCUCCAGCAGGGUGGGCACGCCGGGCUUCAACUCCAUAUAUGGUAGCGAGAUGGGAAGCGGGAUCAUCCUGGACAACAGGACUAGCAGUAUCUUAGAGAGUGCAGACGAUGGGUCAGAGGACUCUAACAAGCGGCCCCCUGGUACCCCAGGGACCCCGGGUAGCAGGGAUCUGGAGGCAGCCCUGCGGCGCUUGUCCCUCCGCCGCGACAACUACCUCUCAGAAAAACGCUUCUUCGAGGAGGAGAGGGAGAGAAAGCUGGCUUACAUGGCCAAAGAAGAAGAAAAAGGUGGUGGGGGGAGUAGCGGAGGCCCUGGGACGCCGACGGAGAGCCUGUUGUCACUGUGCUCGCACCCCUCCUUGGGAAGCGCCUGGUCGGGAUACUCGUUCACAGCGAGAUCCUACCUGCCGGAGAAGCUGCAAAUAGUAAAGCCGCUAGAAGGCUCUGCUACUCUCCAUGCAUGGCAGCAGUUGGCUCAGCCCCACAUGGGUGCUUUGCUGGAUCAUCGGCCAGGUGUGGUCACAAAGGGCUUCCGCACUUUAGCACACGACCAGGAACAGGAAGACAGCUGGCAACUGGACCAGCCAGAGGAGGAUGAACUUUCAUGCGACUCAUUCACUGGCUUGUCGGGAGAGGGCUCUGCUUCCACGGAUCUGCCUCGCUCUACCUCUUCUCCCUCCGACUGCUGCAACAAAAAUGGGGACGUCGAUGACUGUAGCCAGUUGGAAACGUUGCAAGGAGAAAUGUGCAGGGAUAGGGAAGCAAAUCAACCAAAAGAUGGACAUGCAAACAUGCCCUAUUCCUUCUCCAGCCCCUCCCCUUCUUCUUCUUCUCCUCCUCUCCCCUCUUCUUCCGAGAUGAACGGACACGUGGACCUCAAGGAGCUCCAGGCCUUACAGACCGCCACAGUGGACCGUAUGCCUGUUAAUUUCCCGGGGAAGUGUAUGUCCCAUACUAGCUCUACAUACACCUUCACCACCUGCAGGAUUCUCCACCCCUCUGAUCAGCUGACCUCUGUGUCCCCAAGCCCAGCUGUAGCCUCUUGUCAGAGCAGUGCUUGCAUCGGCACCCCUACCCCCAUUUGCUCUCCUAUACCCUUCUCUGCCCCGCCUACGCCUUCCUACACCCCCUGCUGUACCCCACGCCGCCUCUCCCUCUCCCUGUCCCUAGCAGAGUCCUCCACCAACCUUAGGGACUCCACCAAGACUACUAGCACUUCUCUGGGCCUGGUGCGCCUCCUGCUGGAGCAUGGGAUUUCUGCCUCAGUGUAUGACCCCCGCAGCUGGGACCGAGGCUUGGAUGCCAGCGGAGCUUCAACACCCGUGGGAGGAGUGCGAGCACUGAGGAGCAGCGUCACACAAGGGGAGACAGAACCCGGACGAUUGGGGAAACCCCCAGACACCCUACUCCUCCAGCCCUCCACCCCGCCCAACUCCCCUCGUUUCAAAUCUGCCUCCUCUACCACCACCUGCCCAGUUUUUCAGUUCAGCCCUUCCAUUGACGACCCGCCAUAUUUCGACACCUUCCUUGCCUCUAAACCAGCUCGUACCAUUCUGAGGGAAGUGCUGGGGGAGGCAGAGCGGGAGCAAGGGGCGCAAGCAGAUGAUGGCAGCCAAACGGAGAUGCUGAAGCUACGACUUGUGGAUAAACUGAAAUGUUUCCACACCCUUCCCCCUCGUGCUGCUUCCGUUUCAUCUGGGAAUACUUUAUUAGCCCCCUUUGGCUCUACUGGACUGGGGAACAGUGCACUGGGUGGGGGGCUUCCAGGUUUAAAUGCAGGGCUGAGGAGGAAUCGAAGCUAUCCUGCCAUGGUAGGGGCCAGUAUGGCUAUGAAGGAUCCAGGAGGCCCCCCCAGCACAGAGAUACUCAUACCACAUACGAUGCAAACCCCACAUACCCAACACACAGUGCCCACACAGGAAAUGGGCAAAAUGCAAACAAAUCACACACUGGCCCCAAAGGCCAUACAUAUACCGCAGACACUACAUGCACUGGAAACAGUCACACCACAGACGAUAAUACAGAGACACACCAGGCCAGACAACGGACUGUGGGAUUCAACAAGCAAAGACCAAAACAGUGAUGGUGAAACUGGGACAUAAUGGGAGAUAUUCAGUGUAUUAGGUCAUAUUACAACACACUAUUUUACAGUAACACACUGUUACACAUGUGCACACAUACACAUUUAUUUAUAAAAUCAAAUACCCCGCAGAACUAAUAUAGACAUCCCUCAACUAUGGAGUAUCCGCAGACCAAACAGCUACACUGAUUAACAAUCCAGUCCACCUACAGACUCGACUAAACAGUAAGUCAUCUUUUCUAACCUGCCCAGACACCAACUGAUUUUAUUUUAAACAAUCAUCAGUCUGAUCAGCAUAAACUAAAUGAAAUGGUGGUGAUUAACCCAGAAGUGGCUGACACUGUUACACUGUGUUAUACUCUUAUACCGUCAGACUUGAUGAUGAUGGAGUAUGUUGCCUACCUGUGUGUUCAUUGUAAUUGUAUAAGUUGUAUAUGCAGUAUACUGUGUCAUAUAUUGUAUAAAAUUUAAAGCCCAUUCUGGCACUGCAGAGCGUUCCCACAAUGCUUUUUUUUUUGUCUCAUUUUCUUUCUCAACCCUGAAUGAGUGCAUUGCUGGCAAAAGACAACACAUGAUUUUUGAAUGUACUAUAUUGGCCCAAAUAUAAGAUUGUUUUUCUCCUGAUUUAUUUAUUAAGAAAUGGGGGUAGUAUAUUCAAGGACUACACAAUUACUCAUUCACAGCAGGCGUUAUUGUUAUUGUGCUGUGUCAUGGGUCGUUUUUAGCCUUGAUGCAGUUCUGUAGAAAGCUUUUUCCCCUUAUUAAUGACCAUCAUAAACACUGAAAAACUGCUGACAGGACGCACAGUAAACAAGGUCUAUUUAGUCUUUGGCUUUUGAAUUAAAUAUUUGAUGUUCGUCUAAACUUUGUCAGUGCACAAAGACUACCAUUUUGUGUGCACAAAGGGGCUAUUUCAUGCGUCAUGUCAUCUCAGUGUUCAGUCUAUGGUACGAGCUGGAGGUGCCAAGGACAGAGAGACAAAUGUAAAUUCCCAUUGUAAAAAUAAAAACAGCCAUAAUAAAGCUGGCUGCUAGUCCUGAACUGGGCUAAAAUAUUACCAGAGCCUUUAUUUAGCUAAAAUGCUGGACCACUUUAAACAUUCUUAUUUUUCGCUGUACUGUAUUUCUAUUUAAAUGUGUAAACAAAUUCAAAUAUGGUUAAUUUGCCUACCUUGGUCAUUGUAGUCUUAUAUUUGGGCCUUUUAAUGGUUUGUGUCUGAAUUGCAUUGCACUGGAGUUAAAUGGAAGUUAAGAUGUUGACACUAGAGAUUAUUGUCCCUGAGUAUAUUAUUGUGAGAUUAUUGUAACCCCCCCCCCCCCCAUUUCUGUAUGAAUCUGUAUUUUCAAAAAGAAUCCAGAUUGUGGCUUUAAAGUGUCAUCUUGCUGUGACUCUUCUUAUGUGCCUAAAACAGCUAACAUACUAUAUCUCAUUGAAGUAUGGGUUUGCAUUUUUAUUUGAUUUGAUUACUUUAUUAUUUUAAUGCAGUAGAGUAAAUGAGAAUAAUUGUGCAAAUUAUUGUAUUUGCAUCUGAACCUCCCCACACAUGCUGAUUUUUGUCUGUGUCUAUUUCUGGCUCUUUGUUUUCGUCUCCUAAUGAGUUUGAGUGAAGCAUCCACCUCAUUUACAAUCCACAGGGACACGUAGCACAUAAACAGUAUUACACACCAGGUCCAGCUAUACAGACACCUGUUAAAACACUGUGACACCAGAAAACGCAACACUGGUUUAGUGCAGUUUUAAUUUGGGAGCAACUCCGUUCUUUCUAUUCUCAUACAGUCUGUAAAGAAGUUUGAGGAGGUUGACAAACAUCCUAUUCCAAUGAAAUGCAGAUGGGAGCUGUAGCAUCAGAAAGUAAAGUCUGCCACAGGCACUACUGCACCACAAGCUUUCACUCAAAACCGAAGUUAACACCCAAAUAAAGAGUGGCUGGGACCACAACAACACCCAAUUGAAGAAUAUCUGUGUAUAAAACAGACUGUAACACAUUCACUUUUUCCCCCUUCAUAAUUCUGGUAUAAACCUGGUUGCUGGAUGAGUUAUUUUGUGAAAUUUAAACAAGGGUGUGGGUGAAAAUAUAGCAAUAUAUGCAUUAUAAAACGUGUGUGUUUCUGAAUGUAACUGUAAAAGGAGUGACUUGAAAUUGCUAAAUGUUGGUUUUAGGAGCUGAAGGUAAGUUUUAGGUAUCACAAGUUCCAGUGUCCACCAUCAGGAACGCCUAUCAGAUGUUUUGUACACUUUCUGUAGUUGGACACUGGGACUGGGCCGCUAACUGCUUGUCUGACUGACAAGAGUGAGUGAGUGAAUGGACAAAAUGGCUGGCUCUGUGGCUGGCAUUUAUCUGUUGAAAUCCUUAAUGAUUAAGGGGUUAAACUAGCAAUGAUAUUGAGUGGGAAAUUAAUAAAUUCAUUAUAUUGAUUAGAUACUUGGAUUAUUACGAGGACACAUACCAUUCAAUGUCCAUUGUACAUGUUUAAGUGAAGGACUUGUAUUUAUAUUUUGAAAUGUCACACUGACAUUUUGAGUCAGUUGCCAAUGAACGUUUUAUGUUAUUAUGGUUAAAUGAUAAAGAUGCUCUGGCUUCAUGUAAACAUUUCAGUUAAUAACAAUGGGUACAGUUAGCGGUCUACAAGCAUACAGUACAUUGAAGCUGCCCCUUAGUUCAUAAUCCUAAAUCAGUUGCACAUUUUGGAGAAAUAAAAAAAAUCAACAGACAUUAAUAGUAUUUUAGAACAAUACCAAGUGCUAAGACUAAAAUGACAAAGAGUUGGCGUGUUUGUGUGUGUGUGCUUGUUUUUUCUGUGUCAACUGAAUUGUCUGAAUGUAAGUUAUUAACAGUACUCCUGCUGUAGGGCCAUAUAUUUGUGUACAGUAUGUUGAUUUAUCCGUUUGUGUUGACCCCAGAAGGGGAAUUAUUAUUACAUUGUAAAUGAAUGCAACAUAUGCUAUUUUUUUUUUAAGAUAACUAUAACAGUAGAACAAAACCAAUGGGAAUUAAGUUGUUUAUUUUUUGUGAACAGGGAAAGAAAUGUUUCUGUUCAGGGACUGAAGUGUUCUAUUCUACAGAACACACUGUACCAUCAAUAAAAAAAUUAAUAAAUAAA